GCAGGUGAGUCCAGCCGCCUCCCAGAGAAGUAGCCAGGCAACCGCCCGGACGGCCACGGCCGGGGGAGCCAGGACGCCGGAGAACGCGCGCCCCAAGAGAGCGCGCGGGGACAAAAUGCGGUCGGAGGAACCUGCACACGCCUCACACCGCUCCUAGAGCGCGCUGUCACGGAGUUAGAGACCGGGACGGAAGACUCAAUGCGCGCACGCCAGCGGUCCAGCCGUUACCCUGCUCCCCGAAUCCCCGGCCCCCGAAAGUUCCGGCGUCAAGGAGGCCGCGGUCCAGCCCCCUCGUCGCCCGGCCCCUCGCACUCCCGGUCGGGGGCGGAGCGAGGAGCGGCGCAAGCGCUGUGACGUGUGCCAGAGCAGUUGCUCUAGGGACCGCUCCGCGGGGCCCCAGCAUGACUCUGAUCCCUGCGCGGUGUCCUGGGAACAACCUAGCCCAGCUCCCGGCGUCCAUCUCCACUUCCAGGUAUUUGCCGAUGCGGGCCUCCUGCCGGGGAAUUCACCCCACAGUCACGGCUGCGGAGCUGUGGCUGUCGCCUCUUUCUGCAGCGCCAGGCUGCGCCUGGCCUCAAAGUCGAGUGCUCCUAGGUGCACUACGCAGGAAGUCAUUAUGCGACUAACACAUUUUCAUCAGAUUUCCUGAUUUACCGUGAAGUGUAUGUGAGAAUGAUGUGCACUGCCAAGAAAUGUGGAAUUAGGUUCCAGCCUCCGGCUGUUAUCUUAAUCUAUGAGAAUGAAAUGAAGGGGAAAAGUCGCCAGCGCAUCAUGCCUGUCCGAAACUUUUCAAAGUAUUCAGAUUGCAGCAGAGCUGCUGAACAAUUAAAGAAUAAUCCACGACACAAGGGUUACCUGGAACAGGUAUCCCUGAAGCAACUAGAGAAGUUAUUCAGUUUUUUACGAGGUUACUUGUGGGGGCAGAGUUUGGCAGAAACAAUGGAACAAAUUCAGCAGGAAACAACCAUUGAUCCUGAGGAAGACCUGAACAAACUAGAUGACAAGGAACUUGCCAAAAGGAAGAGCAUCAUGGAUGAACUUUUUGAGAAAAAUCAGAAGAAGAAGGAUGAUCCAAAUUUUGUUUAUGACAUUGAAGUGGAAUUCCCACAGGAUGAACAACUACAGUCCUGUGGCUGGGACACAGAGUCAGCUGACGAGUCCUGAUAACCAAAAACUAAAAAAAAAAUUAUCGGGUAGUAGAAAAUCCAUGUUUAUACAAGACCAUAGAUUGGUUGUAGAAAAAUCUGUAAAGAACACUAUGCAUAUUGGGUCACGUUUGGAUUGACCAUGUUACUUUUCAAAACCAAGAUAUGUAGAGCAUCUACUAUGUAGGUGCAUAUGGAAUAUAGGGAAAACAGAAUAUAGGAAUCUGCCUUUAAGGAGCUUACAGUCUAAUUGGAAGAUAAGUCAAAAGCUUAUGAAAAGCUAGUUUAAUGGUAUUAGGCAGCAUUAGAUCCAAAUGCUUGAUAAAGGCUAGAGAGGAUCAGAACCUAGAUCACAGUAGGGUAGAAUAGUCAGGGAGGACUUUGUCCAUGAGCGGCAAGAUGGUACUUUGCCUGGCCCUUGAAAUGGUAGUAUUUGGAUAGAAGCUUAUAUAGGAUUCCAGAUUAAACUGGGAGGAAAAAAAGGAGGAUGUUGCAGGGAUUGGUAAAGAGAUAGGAAUUAGAACAUUUUAUUUGAGGAGCAGUAAGCAAAUUAUAGUUUGAUAAGAUCAGAGAGCAUAUAUGGUUGCCAGGGGAUUAUCCUUUAUGCAUUGUCUUUAUAUCUAUUUAACUCUGGAGUAGAAGAGUACCCCUGCAGAAUGCCCUGCAGCUUCAAGUGGAUGUAAUCUGAUGGAUAGCAGGGGAAUUCUGCCCCAUCCCCCUGGCCCAGUAUCAGGAAAUAUGUACUAAAGACAUUCUGAAACCCUGAACCUCUUCCCAUAAAUAAGAGAUUUGUUUGUAAAAUGGGAAAUCUACCCAUAAUAAAUGAACAUAUGUACGGCCAGUUUAGGCCUAUUCAUGAGUUUGUAUCUCCAAAGAGAAGAUCUUUGUUGAACAAGGUUAUAUAUGUACAGAUAUAUCUUUCUUCAUAUUAGAAUAUCAUUUAAUUGGUAGAAAUCCUGUUUUCUGCAAGGAAAUUAAUACCCAUUAAAUAAAG